UCUCCCCCCACGGAAUGCCCUCUCCGCGCGGCCGGGCGGAACAGGAGCGGCGGUAGGCGGCGUCCGGACCGAUGGCGGGGCGGCCGGGGUACGUCACCCUGCCGAUAAUCUCGGUGCUCGCCGCGAUCGGCUACGUCUACUACACCACGGUGUUCCUCGCGAUCCCCGCCUGGCUGGGGCUCGCCACGGCGGCGGGGGCCGCCAACGCCGCGGCCUACACCGCGCUCGCGCUCGCCUGCGUCGCCACCUACGGCCUCGCCAUCACGCGCGACCCGGGCCGCGUGCCGCCGGCCUUCGUGCCCGACGUCGAGGACGCCCAGACCCCCAUCCACGAGAUCAAGCGCAAGGGUGGUGAUUUGAGAUAUUGCCAGAAGUGUUCACAUUAUAAACCUCCUCGUGCACAUCAUUGUCGUGUCUGCAAGAGAUGCAUUCUGAGAAUGGACCAUCACUGCAUUUGGAUUAACAAUUGUGUUGGACACGAGAAUUACAAGAUUUUCCUAGUGUUUGUGCUAUAUGUUGCAACCGCAAGCCUCUAUUCUAUGAUUCUGAUAAUUGGGGCUGCUGUGCAUAGUGCGCCUAAAGAUGAACAAUCAGGCAGUGAUUCCCCAAGAUCAUCAAUAAUUAUUUGCGGUGUCAUUCUAUGUCCAAUACUAUUGUCCACGUCAAUUCUCUUGGGUUGGCAUGUUUACCUCAUCUUGCAUAAUAAAACCACUAUCGAGUACCAUGAAGGAGUUAGGGCGAUGUGGUUGGCAGAAAAGGCUGGAAAUCUUUACCAUCAUCCAUAUGAUCUCGGGUUCUAUCAUAAUACAGUUUCAGUAAGAACUAUUUCCAUCAUUUCUCUUUUACACAUGCCGUGAAUACUGUAGCAUUGGAGUAUGUUCACAUGCUAUGAUGCAAACUUCUUCUUACUAAAUUUAUUUCAUACUGAGACAGUAUUUGGUCAUACCCUCUAUAAGCCCAUGAUUCCAUGACUAGGCUUCUACUUGUCAGUUGGAAAGGAUUACAUAUUCUAGAACAAAAAGUAGAUGCAACAAAAUCUAGAGCACACCAUUGUUAUCUGCAAAUUUUGGAAGACGAUAUUCAGCUCGACAUGGUUUAUACUUUAUAUGCGAUUUUUCAUAUUGACCUUUUGGCUAUAGAAUUUUUUCACGGGAAAUACACAAGUUAGGACAGGUGCACAUUUUGGCACAACUUUUGCUAGUGCUCAUAAUUGUGAAUAUUUCAAUACUUUCCGAAAUGUGCAAGUGUGUGUAGUUGAAAAUGGGUGCAAAAAAUUAACACUCGGUUUUCAUAUUAAACUGUAGUAUGCUUUGUAAAAUUGUAUCAUAAAGUAUAUCAGGAGCCAUGGGACAUCAUUAAGUACUCGUUUCUCAACAUGU